AUGACAACAAUCUCAAGCACUGAACCGAUCAUGACCAUACCAAUCACAACAACAACUGUAUCUUCAUCAGUGACACAUGAUAAGGGUAUUUGUGCAACUGCAACAUGGGCUCAAAAUGGUCAAACUGUAGCUGGUGGUAAUGGUAGCGGAUCAGAAUUAAAUCAGUUCGAUAGACCAUUUGGAUUAUUUGUUGAUGAGAAUCAAACUAUUUAUGUGGCAGAUCGCUCUAACGAGCGUAUCAUGAAAUGGAAACGUGG